GACCAGUCUUUCUGUGAUACUCGUACACUGACCUCGACACAUUCUCCCCACGCCAAACAGAAUCUAUCAGAAAUAAGAGUGCUCGCAGCAAAGCUUACCUGGCGCCAAAGCCAGUCGCACCUGCAGGCAAGAGGAGGAAACAAAUUUCAACAAAUUCGCAACCACCAUGACUUCAAACGGCGCAGUCCCAGACCUGCCAGAGUCGGUCUCUAAGCCUCCUGAGGGUGUCGUCCUACCUCCAAAGGAUAUCCGAGCCAUCAUCGAGAAGACCGCAGGUUAUGUCGCUCGUAAUGGAACCGUUUUCGAGGAUCGAAUUCGAGAUAAAGAAGUGUCAAAUCCCAAAUUCUCCUUCCUCAAUCCUGCCGAUGCCUAUGCUCCCUUCUACCAGUGGCGCUUGGACGAAGUACGCUCUGGCCGCGGCACUGCUGUCUCAGCAGGCCGGGCUGGCGACGCAACGCCUGUUCCCGAAAAGCCCAAAGGACCCGAACCACCUCCAGAGUUCCAGUUCAGCGCGCGCAUGCCCAAUAUCUCUGCGCUAGAUCUUGAAGUUGUCAAACUUACGGCGCUACACGUUGCCCGAAAAGGAAAGAGCUGGAUGACCGCACUCGCGGCUCGCGAGGCGCGAAAUUUCCAGUUCGACUUCCUGCGACCUCAGCAUUCUUUAUACAAUUUCUUUCAGCGUCUAGUGGAUCAGUACACGCUUCUAUUACAAACCGGACCUGAAGGUCAGAAAGCAGAGCAGGCACGCAUACAAGAACUCCAGGCAAACAUCCAAAAUCGAUUCCGUGUUCUGGAGCGAGCAAAGAAGCGAUCAGAGUACAUCAAAUGGCAGGAAACACAGAAGCAAAAGAAGGAAGAGGCCGAGGAAGCGGAGCGUUUGGCAUACGCUCAAAUAGACUGGCACGACUUUGUCGUCGUCGAGACGGUCCUCUUUACAGAAGCAGAUGAUCAGGCCGAUCUCCCUCCCCCCACGACGCUGAACGAUCUCCAAUCCGCAAGUCUGGAGCAGAAAGCUAUGAUGAGUCUCGCGAGACCGGACAUGCGCAUCGAAGAAGCUAUGCCAACAUCAGACAUGGACUAUGCUUAUGCAGGAUAUACAGACCCAUACUCUCAACACCAGCAGAAUGGCUACCAAAAUCCUCCAGCCCAAAUGCCAGAAGUCCAAAUGCCAGUGUACACACCCUCACCUGCUCAACCACAACCCUCGCCCGUCCCCGCUGCUAUGCCUCCUCAGAUCCCACCUCAGGCACCGUCUCAACCGACGCCCUCGCCUGCUUCAGGUCAACCCCCGAUGCGCAUCAAGCAGGACUACGUCCCUCGCGCCCAGCAACGGGCCGCCCGCGCCGCAACAGCACUGUGUCCGAACUGCGGUCAACAAAUUCCCGUCGCCGAGCUCGAUGCGCAUCUACGCAUCGAACUACUCGAUCCACGCUGGAAGGAACAACAGUCCAAAGCCGCCGCGCGCUUUUCUACGACCAAUCUUGGUGGCACAGACGUCGCAGCAAACCUCAAGCGCCUCAGAGCACGAACGGAUGGGACCGGUGCAAACUCGGGCGCAGAUCCUGUGGCCGAAGCCGCUGCACGUGUCCUCGGCGAGCAGGAGGAAGAAGAGCGACGAAAACGGGCCAAGCUUGAUAUACCAGGCCAACCACAACUUCAGCAAAAUCAACAGUCCACAAACGUGCAGGAACAGAUCCAAAGGAUACACAGCAAAUACGGUUCAUGAAAUACGAGUCUUCUUUGGAUCUUACUGGUACAAAAAGUAUCUAGCCACCUCAACGACCUCUUGCUCAGAGUCGUAUCAUGCAUGAAAUCCAACGAUCAGCCCUUGGCAGAUGGGAUGGGAUGGGAACUAAGAGCAAUUGAGGUCAGAGACCGAUGAAAGAAGCCUCUACACCAACCUAGGCCAACGGACUUUCCGGUGCCUCGGGGGCCCUGCACUCACUUGCGGCCGAUAUUUGCUCCGGCUUGAGGAAGCCCUUCUUCCAGGACGAACGUUGACUGGCAGACCACUCCUCGUACUGCGCGAUGCAUGACUAGGUCGUUGUAUUGUCAACCAGCGAGACUCCAGACGCCACUAUGGUUAGUGAUCAGAUUGGAGGACGACAAGCUGUGUACCAUUUGUUGGCACUGCCAGGCCGACUUGACAAGGAAUCAGAGCUCCUGGAAGACGUCAAGCAUCAAUUCGACGAUGACAUGACCAAAUCAACGAGUUGAUAGGCUCCGUCUUUUCAAGUUAGGGGGUUGUGAGCAAGACUUGUGAAACAGAAUUAAAUGUAUUAUUUUCCACACUUUUGUCUGCUCGUGUGGGCUAUUAAUAACUAUU